GACGUGAGGGGGCGGCGCGCGCGCGCGGGACGGUGGGAGCGCGCGCGCGGCGGGUCCCGCCCUCAGGGGAGGGAGGAGAGGCGGGAAAGCGCCGUGAGGGCAGUGCGGGCAGGUGAGGGAGAGACACCCUCCGCUUCAACCUCAGCCUCAACCUCAGCCACCGCCUCAACCUCAGCCACCGCCUCAGCCACAGCCACCGCCUCAGCCGGCGGGACGUGCCCGAGCAGCGGACGAUGCGCCCUACCGCCCGCCCUUCGUCUGCUCGAGCUCCGGCGUCCCUGAGGGAGCCGCGCAUACAGCCUAUGAAACCUUCUGCAAUGAACAAGCGAAAGUUGAAGGAGAGCAGUGCAGAAAGUGCUGAGAACAUUUCCCAGGUGCAAAAAAUCUUACGUGAAAGAUUCUGUCACCACUGUGCUGCUGGAAAACUGUUUGGGAUGGAGCAGCAGUACAGACAUUUGCUGGAGCUGCUGAAGAGAACCACAGUGCACGGGGAGAGCAAUUCCGCCCUCAUCAUCGGCCCCCGGGGAUCCGGGAAAACUGCGUUAUUAAAUCAUGUCUUAAAAGACCUGAGGGAAAUGAAACAAGUGAGAGAGAACCUGUUGGAAGUCCAUCUGAAUGGGCUUCUGCAGACAAAUGAUAAAGUGGCCCUGAAGGAGAUCACCAGACAGCUGCAGCUGGAAAAUGUGGUUGGGGACAAAGUUUUUGGCAGUUUUGCUGAGAACCUGGCCUUCCUCCUUGAAGCUCUGAGGAAAGGAGACCGAACCAGCAGCUGCCCAAUUUUGUUUGUCCUGGAUGAAUUUGAUUUGUUUGUCCACCACAAGAAUCAGACCCUGCUGUACAACCUCUUUGACAUCUCCCAGUCUGCCCAGACCCCAGUGACAGUUAUUGGGCUCACCUGCAGGCAGGAUAUCCUGGAGCUCCUGGAGAAGAGAGUAAAGUCAAGGUUCUCCCACAGACAGAUAUAUUUGACAAAUUCCUUUGAUUUUAAACAAUACAUUAAGAUAUUUAAGAAACAGCUUUCUCUUCCUGAUGAAUUUCCUGAUGAAUCUUUUGCACAAAAAUGGAAUAAUAAUGUUCAGCAUCUCUCAGAGGAUAAAACCGUGCAGGCUGUGCUGCAGAACCUCUUCCACCACACCAAAGACCUGCGCUCGCUGCAUCUGCUCCUGAUGCUGGCUGGCAGCGCAGUGACCGUGCACCACCCCCUGCUCACGGCUGCAGACCUGCAGGAGGCCAGCAGGCACCACAGCACCGACUCCAAGGCCAACAUCGUCCAUGGUUUGUCUGUGCUGGAAAUCUGCCUCAUCAUAGCCAUGAAACACCUGAACGAGGUCUAUGAUGGAGAACCGUUCAACUUCCAGAUGGUUUACAAUGAAUUCCAGAAGUUCAUCCAGAGGAAGGCACAUUCCAUGUACAACUUUGAGAAGCCAGUUGUCAUGAAGGCCUUUGAGCACCUGCUGCAGCUGGAGCUGGUGCAGCCCCUGGAGCGGCCGUCGGUGCGGGCGCAGCGCGAGUAUCUGCUGAUGAAGCUGCUGCUGGACAGCAGCCAGAUCAUGGAGGCCCUGCAGGUGUACCCCAACUGCCCCACCGACGUCAAGCAGUGGGCAGCCUCCUCCCUCAGCUGGCUCUGAGCUCCAGCACCACAGGGAAUGUUCACCCCAGGAAGGUGCUCUCUUUGCUGAUCCAUUUGGGGUUUUGUGGGCAGAAUGGUGCUGCUGUUCCCUUCCAGACGCCCAGGUGCUUCAGCUCAGCUCAGUGCCAACUCCUGCUCUCACACUCAGUUCCCACCUGGAGAAAUCCAAGCUCUGGAGAUUCUCCCUGUGGCUGAGGGCUCUGGAUCCUGGCUCAGGCCAUGCUGCUCUCCUGGCUCCCUGCUAGAGCCCCACCAGGUCACAACCACACUGCACUUUUCCAUUUCAAAUCUGACUUUGACAGUAAAUUUACCCAAUUAAAUCUUUAAUCACAACUGAAUUUACUUCAUUAGAUGUUUCACCCAACAGGCUUCAGCCACGAGGGCUAUUUUGUGCCAAGUAAGCAUCUUUCCAUACCCAAUUUUUUGGAGCAAAACUCAAGAGUUUGGCUCAGGAGCUGCUGUAGGACCAGCCCCAUGUGUCUAUUUUAAAAUAAAGUUUUCAAAGAAGCA